AGCUGGGCGCUGCUCCUGCUGCUGCUGUGUCAGGGUGUCGGAGGGACGGCGCGAUGGGCACCUACCGGCUCCGUUGCUCCUUGGUAGGGCACGAGUUGGACGUGCGGGGGCUCAGUUGCGCCUUCUUUCCGACGGGGUCGUUCGUGUCCGUAUCUCGAGAUCGGACGGCUCGGCUCUGGGCAUCAGACAGUUCCAGCAAAGGAUUUACUGAAAUGCACUGCAUGAGUGGCCACUCCAAUUUUGUUUCUUGCGUGUGUGCCAUCCCUCCGAGUGAGCUUUACCCGCGUGGCUUAAUUGUCACUGGUGGUAAUGACAAUAACAUUUGCAUCUUUACUUUGGACAACUCCGCACCACUGUACAUCCUUAAGGGUCAUAAAAACACAGUUUGUAGCCUCUCAUCUGGGAAAUUUGGCACCCUGCUUAGCGGCUCAUGGGAUACGACAGCUAAAGUCUGGUUAAAUGAUAAAUGCAUGAUGACAUUACAGGGCCACACUGCAGCGGUCUGGGCUGUGAAGAUAUUACCUGAACAGGGAUUAAUGCUGACUGGUUCGGCUGAUAAAACCAUUAAAUUGUGGAAGGCAGGUAGAUGCGAGAGAACAUUUAUUGGACAUGAAGACUGUGUAAGAGGUUUAGCUAUUUUAAGUGAGACGGCGUUUCUUUCUUGUUCUAAUGAUGCCAGCAUUCGACGAUGGCAGAUAUCUGGAGAAUGUCUUCAAGUUUAUUAUGGACACACCAAUUAUAUAUACUGCAUAUCUGUCUUCCCACAAAGUGAAGAUUUUGUUACCUCUGGUGAAGACAGAUCUCUCAGAAUAUGGAGGAAAGGGGAAUGCACACAGACAAUCAGGCUUCCAGCUCAGUCUGCUUGGUGCUGCUGUGUGUUAAACAAUGGUGACCUUGUUGUUGGAGCAAGUGAUGGCAUUAUUAGAGUGUUUACAGAAUCUUUGGAGCGUACAGCAAGUUUGGAGGAGAUUCAGGCUUUUGAAAAUGAACUUUCUAAAGCAACUAUUGAUCCUCAGACUGGAGAUUUAGGGGCUAUCAAUCCAGAUGAUCUUCCUGGUAGAGCACAUUUGAAUGAACAAGGUACAAGGGAUGGUCAGACAAGACUUAUUAAAAAUGGUGGAAAAGUUGAAGCUUACCAGUGGAGCAUUAGUGAAAACAGGUGGAUGAAAAUCGGGGAUGUUGUUGGCUCCUCUGGAGCUACACAGCAAACGUCUGGAAAAGUGUUAUUUGAAGGAAGGGAAUAUGACUAUGUUUUCAGCAUUGAUGUGAAUGAAGGUGGACCUUCCUACAAGUUGCCGUACAACAUCAGUGAUGAUCCAUGGCAAACUGCAUAUAAUUUCCUGCAGAAGAAUGAUCUAAAUGCCAUGUUCCUGGAUCAGGUGGCUAAAUUCAUAAUAGAUAAUACCAAAGGUCAAACGCUGGGACAAACAAACACUGAAUUUUCAGAUCCUUUCACAGGUGGUGGCCGGUAUGUUCCAGGUUCUUUCUCAGGAUCCAGUGAAGGAGCUGCAGCAGAUCCAUUUACAGGGGCUAGUGCCUACAAAUCGACUACAGUUAAAGCUGAAAAUAUUUACUUUCCAAAGAAGGAAGCUGUUACCUUUGAUCAGGCCAACCCUACACAAAUACUGGGUAAAUUGAAAGAACUUAAUGGAAGUGCACCUGAAGAACAACAGCUAACAGAAGAUGAUUUAAGACUUUUAGAAAACAUGCUGUCUAUAAUAUGCAAUAACUCUGUUGAAACUCCCACAGCACAGCAACUGCAAACUUUGUGGAAAGCAAUUAACUGGCCAAAUGACAUUGUUUUUCCAGUGCUAGAUAUACUUCGGUUAUCAAUCAGGCAUCCCAGUGUGAAUGAAAGCUUCUGUAGUGAAAAAGAUGGCAUUCAGUUCUGCAGCCAUGUUAUGAAAUUUCUGAACCCUGGAGGAAAGCAAGCUAACCAGAUGCUGGCCCUUAGAAUUUUCUGCAAUUGUUUUAUCCAUCCACUUGGUGAAAAGCUGAUGAUGUCACAGGGGGACUUGAUAAUGUCACAAGCAAUAGAACUGAAACUGCCCGGCAAUAAGAACAUUCACAUUGCACUAGCUACUUUGGCUCUGAACUAUGCUGUGUGUUUACAUAAAAUUAGCAAUAUCGAGGGCAAAGCUCAGUGCUUGUCAGUGAUCAGCACAGUCAUGGAAGUUGUGCAAGACCUUGAAGCUGUUUUUAGACUGCUCGUGGCUCUUGGGACACUAAUCAGUGAUGAUUCAAAUGCUGUACAGUUAGCUAAGUCUCUAGGGGUUGAUUCUCAAAUUAAAAAAUAUUCCUUGGUAUCAGAACCAGCUAAAGUAAAUGAAUGCUGUAGGCUUGUCCUUAACUUGCUCUAAUCUCUCUUUUUAAGCACUUGAGAGUUUAGGACUAUGCUGAAGAUAUUUUUUCCUAUUUUACAAGAAUUGAAUAAAUAUUGUGGGUUAACUAUCUGGAUAUUAAGUGAAACAAUCUAAAUAAAUUCUUUUUGCACUGA